AGCGUCUGUGUCAGCAGGCCCUCACUAGGCCACAACAAUGGCUGCCGCAAAUGUCUCAGUCCCUGGAGAGGUCUCACCUCUCACGGAGAUGGACUCAGAGCCUCUCAGCAUCGAACAAACAACUGAGAUCCUGUUGCAUCUGUCACCUGCUGAAGUUGCCAAUCUCAAGGAAGGAAUCAAUUUUCUUCGAAAUAAGAAGACUGGCAAAGAUUACAUCUUAUAUAAGAACAAGAGCCGCCUGAGAGCAUGCAGGAAUAUGUGCAAGCAUCAAGGAGGCCUGUUCAUAAAAGAUAUCGAGGAUUUAGAUGGAAGGUCUGUUAGGUGCACAAAACACAACUGGAAGUUAGACGUGAGCACCAUGAAGUAUAUCAAUCCUCCAGGCAGCUUCUGUCAAGAUGAGUUGGUUGUUGAAGUGGAUGAAGAAAAUGGACUUUUACUUCUAGAACUGAAUCCUCCUAAUCCCUGGGAUUCAGAGCCCAGGUCUCCUGAAGAUUUAGCCUUUGGGGAAGUACAGAUAACAUACCUCACUCACGCCUGCAUGGACCUCAAGCUGGGAGACAAGAGGAUGGUGUUUGACCCUUGGUUAACUGGUCCUGCUUUUGCCCGAGGAUGGUGGUUGCUACAUGAGCCUCCAUCUGACUGGCUGGAGAGGCUGUGCCAAGCGGACCUAAUUUACAUCAGUCACAUGCACUCAGACCAUCUGAGUUACCCCACACUGAAGAAACUUGCUGGGAGAAGACCAGAUAUUCCCAUUUAUGUUGGAAACACGGAAAGACCUGUAUUUUGGAAUCUGAAUCAGAGUGGUGUCCAGUUGACUAAUAUCAAUGUAGUGCCAUUUGGAAUAUGGCAGCAGGUAGACAAAAAUCUUCGAUUCAUGAUCUUGAUGGAUGGCGUUCAUCCUGAGAUGGACACUUGCAUUAUUGUGGAGUACAAAGGUCAUAAAAUACUCAAUACAGUGGACUGCACCAGACCCAAUGGGGGAAGGCUGCCUUCAAAGGUUGCUCUAAUGAUGAGCGAUUUUGCUGGAGGAGCAUCAGGCUUUCCAAUGACUUUCAGUGGUGGAAAAUUUACUGAGGAAUGGAAAGCCCAGUUCAUUAAAACAGAGAGAAAGAAGCUCCUGAACUACAAGGCUCGGCUGGUGAAGGACCUACAACCCCGAAUUUAUUGCCCCUUUGCUGGAUAUUUCGUGGAAUCCCACCCAUCAGACAAGUAUAUUAAGGAAACAAACAUCAAAAAUGAUCCAAAUGAACUCAACAAUCUUAUCAAGAAAAACUCUGAUGUGGUAACCUGGACCCCACGACCUGGAGCCACCCUUGAUCUGGGUAGGAUGCUAAAGGACCCGACAGACAGCAAGGGCAUCAUAGAGCCUCCAGAAGGGACUAAAAUUUAUAAAGAUUCCUGGGACUUUGGACCAUAUUUGAAAACCUUGAAUGCUGCUGUAGAAGAUGAAAUAUUUCUUCAUUCAUCUUGGAUAAAAGAAUACUACACUUGGGCUGGAUUUAAGAAUUACAACCUGGUGGUCAGGAUGAUUGAGACAGAUGAAGACUUCAGCCCUUUUCCCGGAGGAUAUGACUAUUUGGUUGACUUUCUAGAUUUAUCCUUUCCAAAAGAAAGACCAAGCCGGGAACAUCCCUAUGAGGAAAUUCGGAGCCGUGUUGAUGUCAUCAGAUAUGUGGUGAAGAAUGGUCUACUCUGGGAUGACUUGUAUAUAGGAUUCCAAACCCGGCUUCAGCGGGAUCCUGACAUAUACCAUCAUCUGUUUUGGAACCAUUUUCAAAUAAAACUCCCCCUAACGCCACCCAACUGGAAGACCUUCCUGAUACACUGUGAAUAGAGCGGACCUGACAUUUCCCAGGGAUGCCAAGCAACAUGAAAAAUUCAAGAAUUUACUGAUGCUACAUCUUAAACACGAGAACCUUCUACCGGAGACCAUGCCUUAUUGACAUCAGCAAUGGUUAAUUACAUGCUGCAUUUGUGAGAUGUUCACAUACCUUACAUUUGUGAAUCACUACAUAGCCAGAUUAUUAAUAUUUUACUUAUUCCAUCCACAAUUCUCUCUAAAAGAACCAAUGAACCCAACAGGAACAAAUUCCCUAUGGAAAACAAAGCAUAGCAGGAGAUGUGAAUCUAAGCAUAGAAGUAAUAGAACAGGAGGAGAAAAAAUUUCCUGGAAGAUAAUGAGGAAAAAGGAAAGGAGUGGGAGAGCAGAAGUUGGGUUAUAAGAAGAGAAGAAAGAAGAGAAAUAGAUAAAUGAGGGACCAUAAGAAGAAAAUAGGGAGGAGAAAAAAUUAAGAUGGAAUUUAAAAAAGAGAAUGUAAAAAUAGAUAUUUUGUUCCUUAAUAGAUUGAUUCUCCAAGUAGAGUCCACGAAGAUAGUUUAGUGAAAAGGGUUCGUGAGCUGUUUUCAAUUUUUCAAAAAGAUUUGUUGAAAUCAUAUAUUUACCAAAACAAGGUUACAGAGGCUGCUCUAAAAGGUAAAAUUUCACUGGGACUGAAAUUAUUUUGAUUCAGUGACAAAAUUUCUUAUCUAAUGCAGCUUAUAAAUUCUAACAAAUAGAGAGAGCUUUGAUUAAUAAAAAAUAUGAACACUAUUAAUAAAAUGAGUUGUGUAGACAAAAAUCUUUCAAAAUCAAUAGAAAAAUCAACAAUCAAGAUCUAUAUCUUGAAAAAAUUUAAAAAUCCUCUUCUGAACAUUUAAAAACAUUGUUUCAACAGUUAAAAGAGGCAACUAAUUUAUCUGUUUCUGCUAAUGUGUGUAGUUUUUAAUGAUAUUUGCACGAUUAAGACACAUACACACAAAUUUAUCCUAGGAAAACGUGAUUGUUAACUAGGUUUCUAUUUUACACGUUGAUGUUUCCAGUACACACCCCCCUCACUGAUUUGAACAUCAAAAUUGAUUUUCUGAUUAUGUAUACUACCUCUUUAAUUCUAAAGAUACAAGAAUCAAAUCAAUAGUGGAAUUUAUCUCCUUGAAUCUCUAAAUUCACACUUCAUAAUAGAAAUGUUGAGUGUCUACUUCCCAUUAAGAUUAACAUCAAUGACGUUUGAUUAUUCUGUUUUAGCUCACGUUAUACAUAAUAGAAAUGCUUGCAAUUCAGGAAUUAUGUUUUUUGAUUUGUACUAUAUAGUAAAUUAUUUAUCACUGAAAAAUAAAUGUAAUGUAUAUCAAUAAUAUGUAUGUUAAGAUGUAUAUGAUGAGCAAAUAAAGAUUAUGUUAAAAUAUA